AUGAUCGUGCCUUUUGUCGCUAUCCUGCUCACGAGCAGUGUCUCGGCGCUUUCCUCGCCAUAUCAUCUCAAGGAGUUCCACCCAGUUCCUAGAGGAUGGAAGGAAAUCAGCCCUGCACCAGGCUCGCAUACACUGGAGCUUCAGAUCGCUCUGAAGCAACAUCGCUUCGGCGAGCUGGAAACAGCGCUCUAUGAAGUCUCCGAUCCGACUCAUGCUCGAUACGGCCAGCAUCUCAGCGCCACGGAUGUCCACGAGUUAGUGCGGCCAGCGGAUGAAACUCUAGAGCUGGUUGAGUCCUGGCUCGCUGACUACGGCGUGGAACCCUUCGAGCUGGACUGGAGCCCUGCUCGGGACUGGGUUUCAGUGACUCUGCCAGUCAACGUUGUCGAGAGCCUUUUGGACACGAAUUAUUCUGUCUAUCGUCAUGAGGACGGGGCGUAUGCCGUCCGGACGCCCCGAUGGUCAUUGCCAGCCCAUCUGCACGAACAUAUUAUCUCAGUCCAACCGACAAAUUCUUUCUUUCAAGUCGCUGCACAAAAGAAUACCAUCCGACCAGUAGGUCAGCUGGAUAUCAGCGAGAUAGCCUCCUCCUUCUCCUCCUUCGACGCGGAAACCUUGAAAAAUCCAACCGUAGAGCAGGUAUGUAACACAUCACUGGUCACACCACUCUGCCUGCGAACGUUUUACGGGACAUAUGACUACGUCCCGCAAGCUAUAGACCGAAACCGAGUGGCAUUGAACAAUUUCCUGAACGAGACUAAUAACCGUUCGGAUAUCCAUAUAUUCCUGGAGCAGUACCGCCCAGAUGCCGUCGGAUUCAGCUUCGUCAAUCAGAUCAUCAAUAAUGGAAGUAAUCAACAAACCCCGGACACGCCUUUGCAAUUGGAAAAUGGCCAGGAUGCGGAGGGGAAUUUGGAUGCCGAGACCAUUAUUGGUAUCACUUAUCCUACUCCUCUCUUUGCGUACAACACCGGAGGCUCGCCUCCCUUUACACCAUCAGCCGGCUCGCCCACCAACUCAAAUGAACCGUACGGUAUCUGGCUCAAAUACAUCCUGGCGCAGUCGGACGAUAAAAUACCGCAAGUCGUCUCGACAUCCUACGCCGACGAGGAAUGGACAGUCCCAUACUCGUAUGCCACCGCUGUGUGCCAGCAGUUUGCCCAGCUAGGGGCUCGUGGUGUUUCGUUGCUUUUUGCUAGCGGCGACGGCGGUGUUGGAUCUGCAGGCUAUUGUUACCCUGGUGAUGACAGCAGCGACAUCCAAUUCGACCCUCUCUUCCCUGCAAGCUGCCCAUACGUUACGGCUGUUGGGGCUACUAAGAACUUUAACCCAGAAGUGGUCGCCUACGAUACGAGCAAUGGAUUCGCCUCCGGAGGGGGCUAUUCUAAUUACUUCCCUCGCCCUUCAUAUCAAGAUUCUGCCGUCACGGCAUACACAAAGGGGCUUGGGAAGGAGUUUGCGGGGCUUUAUAAUACCAGCGGUCGCGGGUAUCCCGACAUUUCUGCGCAGGGCCAGCGAUUUGCUACGAUUUGGAAUGGCAGCCUUUUGGUCCUGGACGGAACGAGUGCGUCUACUCCAGCCGCCUCAGCUAUUAUUUCCCUCGUGAACGAUGCGCUUUUGGCGGCAGGCAAGCCUCCCUUGGGAUUCCUCAACCCUUGGCUCUAUGCGACUGGGCACGCUGGGUUUAACGACAUCACCAGCGGUUCUGCAAUCGGCUGCAACACGACUGGGUUUCCGGCUAAGAAAGGAUGGGAUGCAGUCAGUGGAUGGGGUACUCCGAAUUUCCCAAAGUUGAAAGAGCUCGCUCUAGCUCGCUAG